UAGAAACAUGGAACCCAAACUUUCGAUCGGGUUCAAUGUUUAGGAUUUCGAAUUGAUUACCAGACCACCGAACUGCGCACAGCUGCAUGGUCCCAUGAGGCCCCGGACCUCGUGCUCAGCCUUUUCUGGAGUAUGAUCGAGCAUCCUCUCCCCAUCUCUCUCUCUGACCCAUUUUCUGGACUAGACUGGUCGGGUUUUCGGAAAGGUCAGGUAGGACAUAGAACUCAGAAAGCCUUCAAAUCGAGCUCCUUCCUCACACAUUCUCUCUCUCUCCCCCCAUGAGAUGGAACAGACUUCCUCAAAGCCUAAGCUUACGAACUAUCGUAGAGCCCCUCAUGCAAAACCCACCUCACCUCUCCUCCUAUGCACCCAUCUUCCAGUUCUUGACCGGCCAGAACUUCCUAAAACUUGGCCAACAGACCCACGCCCACAUGACCCUCCGUGGUCUCCAACCCGACGCCUUUCUCGCCGCCAAGAUGGUCGCCAUGUACGCUAGCUCCGGCGACCUUGACUCCGCCGUAAUUCUAUUCCACCGAGUCGCUUACCCCUCCACUCUUUUGUUUAAUUCGAUUAUUCGGGCUUAUACCCGAUUUGGAUAUCCUCAAAAAACCGUAGGAAUCUAUCAUAGAAUGCGUGGUCUGGGCCUUCAGGCUGAUCACUUUACAUUCCCAUUUGUUCUAAAGUCUUGCGCUGAUUUAUCCGGUGCUUGUAUGGGGCAAUGUGUACAUGGGCUGAGUUUGAGAUGUGGAUUGGAGUGCGAUAUUUACGUUGGCACGUCCCUGAUUGAUAUGUAUGUUAAAUGUGGUUUCAUGGAUGAUGCCAACAAAGUGUUUGAUAUAAUGAAUGUGAAAGAUAUUUCUUCGUGGAAUGCACUGAUUGCGGGUUACAUGAAGGAAGGAAGGAUUCAUCUUGCCGAGGAUUUGUUUGGACGUAUGCCGCGUAGGAAUACUGUUUCAUGGACUGCAAUGAUAUCUGGGUACACUCAGAAUGGGCUUGCAGAACCAGCAUUAUCUUUGUUUGAUGAGAUGUUACAAGAGGAUUCUGAGUGUAAGCCCAACUGGGUAACAAUUAUGAGUGUCCUUCCCGCAUGUGCGCAUUCAGCUGCCCUUGCACGUGGGAGACAGAUACAUAAAUUCUCUAGUGAGAUUGGUCUGGAUUCGAAUUCUUCUGUCCAGACGGCACUUGUUGCAAUGUACGCUAAGUGUGGGAGCCUUGUUGAGGCACGCCACUGUUUUGAUAAGUUAUGUUUUAGAGAAAAGAAUUUGGUUGCUUGGAACACUAUGAUAGGUGCUUACGCUUCUCAUGGAUGUGGGAUGGAAGCUGUAUCAACAUUUGAGGACAUGAUAAGAGCUGGGGUGGAACCAGAUGCAAUCACAUUCAUGGGUUUGUUAUCUGGGUGCAGCCAUUCUGGUCUUGUUGGUAUUGGCUUAAGGUACUUCAAUUGUAUGAAUAGGGUUUACUUUGUGGAACCAAGAGUUGAACACUAUGCUUGUGUCGUAGAUCUAUUUGGCCGUGCUGGGCGAUUGGUUGAAGCAAAAGAGUUAAUCGAUCGAAUGCCCGUGGAGCCUGGACCUAGCAUCUGGGGUGCACUAUUGGCUGCUUGUCGGAGCCACCGAAAUUUAGAGAUUGCAGAGAUGGCAGCUAGAAAGCUGUUUGCUUUGGAACCAGAAAACAGUGGGAAUUAUGUGAUGCUGUCAAAUACAUAUGCUGAAGUUGGGAUGUGGAAGAAGGUGGAUACUUUGAGAUCUAUUCUAAAACUUCGAGGCAUGAGGAAAAAUCCUGGAUGCAGCUGGAUUGAGGUUAAUGGGAAAGCCCAUUUGUUUCAUGGAGGAGAUAAAUCUCACCCACAGACAAAGGAAAUUUACUUCUUGCUGGAAGCCUUGCCCGAGAAGAUCAAGGCAGCUGGUUACAUACCAGAUACUAGUUUUGUGUUGCAUGAUGUCAGCGAAGAAGAGAAAGAGUACACCUUAGCAACUCACAGUGAGAAGCUUGCCAUUGCUUUUGGCCUUAUUAACACCUGUCCUGGAACAGUACUUCGAGUGACCAAAAACCUUAGAAUCUGUGGAGACUGUCACACAGCCUGCAAAUUCAUUUCCAAAAUCUACGAACGGGUGAUAAUUGUGAGAGACGUCAAUCGAUUCCAUUACUUCAAAGACGGAUCUUGUUCUUGUGGAGACUACUGGUGAGUAACCAAGGAGCUAAAAUGCUAUUUUUAAGCAUUGGUCUCAGUAAGUUCACCACACAGCUUCUGGAUUGUUUUAUUCAUCAUCAUUCCAAGGAGGGAGAUCUUGGAUCUUUGGACAUCUGUUGUCAUUCCACACUAUUUAAUAUCUCAAACUUCGACUGUGAUGUCAGCAAGAUAUUUGAUUUGUUUAGUCUGGGGAAGCCUAAACCUUCAAGCAUAGCUCGUCAAGGAGCUGACUAGCAUGCUGCGUGUUGAAGUCUACUUCUAACAGUUGAAUCAGUUCAAGAAAAUUUAUAGAAUUUCAAGAAAACAUUUUUGGUGAGGACGUUCCCUGCUGAAGUUGCUCUGUUGCUUGGUUAUAAACAACUUUAAUGACAGAAGUGUUUGCGUGGAGGAGGAAGGACUUGGUUGAAGUCAUAGUGGUCUUAGUGACUUCCAACGAAAAGGAUAUCAGUCCACUGUCAUUAGUCAUGUGAUCUCUAACAAAGAGUUUCAAAGGAGGUGUUGGGAACAAAGGCCAGAACUUUUGCAUGCUGGUAACCCCACCUAUGGAAUUGGAGGAAAGAUGAAAUCAAAUGAAGCAGAUAUUGUAGUCAUCUACAGUGCGGAGGACUGAGGACUAGCCUGAGGAUCUCAAUCUUUUCAAAGACAAAUUUUUACAUGUUUCAAGGGGAUUUGCAGUUGUGCAGUUUCAUUUGCUAGUGCUGUUUUUGGUUAUUGAUUGAGCCGGUUGGACAUUGUACAUGAGUCCCUUACUUCUUAACUUACACUGUGUUGGGUUUUGUGGAGCCUAGUUGUGCCGACCCGAAAUAAUGCUGCGUGUUUUUUAAUGAAAGAUUUUCUUACUCAGGGCUUAGUCCAUGGAGCGAAGGCUUGGGCCAAUAGGCCUUUUUCAUAGCCCAUUGGGAGCCCUGUGUGCAGCAUAUAAAGCUAUUGUUUUUUGGUGAUUAGGUUUGGCCGUCAUUUUGAGAGCGAGAGAGAAAACAUUGUAAAGAUGCACUCUCUGUUUUUCUUCCUGAUUAUAGUGAAAUCCCUGCAACUCCGUGGACGUAGGCAAAUUUGCCGAACCACGAAAA